AGGCACUCCGUCUGCGGCAUCGAUGGAUGUUGGUCGAGAAGCGAGAAGCGAGAAUCCUGCUGAAUCGUGAGAGCUCCGUCUCUGCUGCUGCUGCUGCUUCUUCUUCUUCUUCGUCAAGAGCCAAGGUUGUCGCAAUCGUCGCACUGAAUUCUCAAUUUGCCAAUCUCGGAGCUCUACCCUACCCUAGAUUCGUCCCGAUUUGCUCGACUGGAGUACGCGAAUUGCUGUGCUCUCUCUGUCACGUGAGUUCUAUUCGUGGAGUCGAGGUUUGCUGUUUUCUCCGUGUGGAAAUCUCGUGAAGCUAUGAAAGAAGUUGGCACUCUGGUUUCAUCGUUCGAUUCUCAGUGGGUCGUUAGAAUCGGAAGUGCGCGUGUUCCACGUGCACCAGAAUUAAUCAGGGAUAACGUGAACUGCAGUUGGGAACGACGAGGAGCCUCGUAUUCGCGGCGGGGGAAGGAUGAGCGCCAGGUGGUCUGUAGAUGAGCUUUUGAACUUGAAUAAGAUCAGGCGGAGCUGGAGGUAGCACUUUCAAAUCGAGGAGACGUUGUGAACGGAGCGUUGUGAGGCCCAUUUUCGAAGUGAUGUCAAAGCGCUGUCAACGUUAACAUUGGGAGCCGCGAAUUCGAUCGGCUGUUAUGGGCGGCAAUUUCGUUUGGAAUUCAUUGUUUUCUUUGGCACACGAGAGAAGAAUUCAAGAGUUUAUGCCAUGGUGGAGUUUUUCAUCCACCCGAGGAACAUCUGGAUGUCUCUCCGGGCGUGAUUGUUUUCCCAUAGGCCAAACUUGAUGUUCGGGGUCGUGCUUUGUGAGCUUCCUGUCAACAUCGCUCAACCGGACGACUUUCAGUGCUGUCAACUGCCCCACGUAAUUUCGUGUAUGCUCUUUUCAAGACUAGUGGAUUUCCCCAAAACCAAAGCGGGAUGAAACGCAACCAUUGUAGCGAGCUCUGGGACUUCGAAGACGAACUUGUCGACCGGAAUGGAGAUGUCACGAAACCCACAAUAGUUCUUGGAGUAGAUGGAGGGGCCACCACCACGAUUUCCAUCUGCUUGUCGUCAUCGACUCCCGCUGCCCAUCCCAAUGUCGUCGCGAGAGCUGUUACAGGCUCAUCCAACUUCAACAGCGUUUCAGAAGAAACGGCAAAGCGGGCUCUUGAGCAGUCCAUGGCGGAGGUUUUAAUGCUAUCUCGAGUUCCGCGAGUGGAUGUACGAGUGGUUUGUUUGGCUCUUUCGGGAGUGAAUUCUCCUCCAGAUGCGGAGCGUGUCCUUUCCUGGCUUCGGGAAAUUUUUCCGUGCGAAAGCACGAAGUGUUACGUGUACAAUGAUGCAGUUGCUGCCCUCGCUAGUGGAACAGCUGGGAGGAAAUAUGGAUGUGUUCUCAUAGCUGGCACUGGAACGAUCGCUUAUGGUUUCAACGAAGAUGGGAAGAUGGCACGUGCGGCAGGAUGUGGACCGUUGCUUGGAGAUCAGGGCAGUGGACACGCAAUAUCUUCGAAUGCAUUAGCUGCAGUGAUGCGAGCUCAUGAUGGACGUGGUCCUCCAACAACUCUCACCGCCGCUAUUCUGAAGAAGUUAGACCUCACAACUCCAGAAGAAAUAGUCGGGUGGGUUUAUGCAGAUACUUCCUGGGCGCGGGUGGCGGCCCUGGUUCCCACCAUCAAGGCUUGUGCCAAGAACGGCGAUGAAGUGGCUAUCGGUAUACUGGAAGAUGCAGCCGAAGAGCUGGCGAUCAGUGUGAAAGCUGUUGUUCGUGCCCUCAAACUAAGUGGCCAUGAUGGCAGCGAACCUUUCCCCUUCGUAAUGGUGGGCGGGGUUUUGGAACACGAAGAAGGGUGGGAUUUAUGUAAGCCUCUCAUCGCCAAAGUAACACAAGCAUUUCCAGGAGUUCAGGCCAUCCAACCGAGUGUUGAGCCUGCUGUCGGUGCUGCUUUGGUUGCGUGGAGGCAUAAUCUUGAGGACUCUGGUUCAAUCUUUUCUUCUGAUUUUAAAGUUGAUUCAUUUUCAAUCACUGUUGAAGGUGUAGUCUGCUGACUUUGUAAUUAUUGUGUACAGACAUUUGUAACUGUUGAAUAGGUUGGCCACGGGGUACCUUGUAGUUAUGAGAUAUACAUCUCCAACAAGAUUUCAACCGAAGAAGUUUUAUUUCGACAAAUCCAGCACGAAGUACGCUUGUGAGACAACAAAAGUAUUUCAAUUCUUUUGUUGCACCCACUUGUUUGGCACAAUGACCAGGACCAGUAGGUCUGCCGAUCGAACAUGCCCAAAACUCAGAGACAAUCCUUUAAAAAUAUAAUCAGUGCUAUACUGUCGAUGCAGUCCUUACCAAACGUGAGGAUGUGCCUGUAGAUAAUGAUUUGCUUCAAAGCUGUGGUCUUAAUUCCACCAGAUGUGGAGUAAAACUGCAAUAAAAGAUUUCGGCACAUGGGGUUUGAUUUUUCAUUGGU